GCCACAAAUUGGAGUAGGAGCUCGGCCGAAAAUCAUUGCGUAGCCCCAACUACGUCGUGUUUUGAGCUACUAAUUCUUGGAGCUAGCAGAAAACACGAGAUCCACUACAACCCUACUGUAUAUGUAUGUUUGUACAUAUAUAUAAUAUUUAUAAACACGAACAGUCGCAUACCGGCAGCGCCAAUCUUAGACUGUCCGACAAUGACCGCACGGCGGCAUUGUGACGUUAACGCAUGAUCUCGCCCAUUCAUCAAGCUUCACAGUGCGCCGCCCAUCCUUGCCGUGUCCACCGACAGCUCUUGUCGCCGUACAAACAAAUAUUAGUUAAUAUAUAUAAAUGUUGUUGUAGAUUUGCAUAUUAUUUUUAAGUUACGGUAAAUAUUUAUGUAAGUUGCCACAUGGAAGUGCUGACAUUGGACGCCAAUGUAUAUGGCAUAUUAAGUACUUAAGUGCAACAAAAACAACAACAAUAACCACACACUCAAUAAAACGUAACAACAAACAGGGGAGGUGUGUUGAGCUCAUUGAUGCCAUCAUGCAACAGCUGAAAGUGAAUUAGCGCACAACAUUAAGUGCCCAUGCAGCAGCUACUUAAGUCAAAAGCCGCAUACCGCCUCAGCGGACGCGUCGGGAUACGAGAAUUUCAUUAACACUUCGUCAGUUAACCAGAAGACUACGAGUAUAAAUCUCCCUACAUCUAUGCACAUUUGUUUGCUGUGCAUGGCCAAGCAUUCAUCCAGCCCACCAGCCAUACAGCCAGUACGUUAGAGCUUAAGCAUCCACCAAGCCGAUUGUGAACAUCUGUCGAGACACUUCCCAGCUCUCCCGCCUCUGCCUUCUUCUCGCUCCACAUGCAGUGCUCGCCUCGAGCCAAAACUCACGCUACACUUGUAGUCAAUUCUAUUGCGUUUGCUACAGACGCUGAAGCUGCGACUGCACGGGACCCACCAAGCUCUGCUCUGCCCAACCGCCGUGCGCGCGCUGUUCGCCAGUGCUUGCGUUGAGUGCAACUAAUAAACAUGAAUUUGCAUUUUUAUGGCGGCUCUUAGUUGUACUUUGGCGGAUUGGUGGAUUGGCUUUUGCGCUGGUUCGCGUCGAUUAUGCGCUGAUUGCGGUGCAAAGUUAUAGUAAUGAACCGCAAGCGGCAACCGGAGAAAAAGUUGAAAAAAGUAAACAACAAUGUUUGCUACAAUAAAAAUGGCUAAUAAUAGGGGGAAUAAGAAGAAGCAGAGAGGGAGCAAUGAAAUAGUUACAACUGCUCGGCCGCUCGGCGUGAGUAUAUAAGGAGCUUUGUGCCAAUGAAUAAAAAUGUGUAAAUCCGCAGAUGAAUGCACUGCACGCCAUUUGAUGGCGAUUUACGAUGCGAACGAACAUUGCAAAUAUGCGGUUUAUUUUUAAUCGGCCGCCGUUGAAUUUACAACAUACACAAGGCGGCACUGUGGCGCAAGACUCUCAGUAGUAAAAUACAAAAUUAAUUAAAAUUUAUUAACUCGGCAUAGAAGUGAGGUUUUGUGCGAAAGAAAUUCAUCUACUCAGUUCCAGAGUAAGAUGCGACCCGUACUGGGAGUUCUGCGACUCACUUGCUGGAUAAAGAGGUUCGACUUCAGGCAAUGUUUUGGAACUGUGUUUAAACGACUUCAAGAUUGUCUUAUGGCUCUCAACUUUGAUGAGCAUUACAUUCGUAGGCAGAGUGAGCUCACACUGUCGUUGAAACCCUCACUAGCUUCGGGUUGCUAACAGCCGAAAUUUUGUUGCCAUCAACAUUGACAUUCAGGUCGAGCCAGUUUUUCUGCGUCUAGCUGGUGCAGACGGUCUGUGUGCAUUUCGCUGCUUCUUGGAAUUGUUUUUGGAAAGGGUCGGAGAGGUAGCAGUACCCAUGCCGUAUACCAAUGUUGAGAAACUUCGGCAUAUGAGAUCGGGGAAACACGCUCUUUAAUGAAGAAAGCAUGGAAAUGUACACAUUAAGCAAUAACGGAAAGAAGACACCUGCAUGUGGAGCUCCUGGUUAAAUUUUCCUUAGUUCCGAAUUGUGACGCCGAAAUUCCACCUUUAACUCUCUACCAUUUAGGUAAUUCAUGAUCGACGUCUUCAACCUCGGCUUUGAGAAAAUGCUGCGCUACCAGGAAAUUUCAAGGGCAGAGUUGGUUAAGGCCAGGAGUUUUCUGGAUGUUUACCGCAUUGAGUGCAGUGGUUGUCCUAUUUAAUUUACGAACGCCAUGCUAGUAUGCCGCUCGGCUCUGCUGGGGGAGCAGCAAGACACUGAAGUUCGACCGCAUUUAUGGAAAUUCGAUUCAUCUGCAGAAGGUAUUUGGAAUCCCUCAUCCAUUUGCUCCGAUUCCGCCGGAACGAGGCCAAUAAGGGAUGAAUCUACGAAAUUUGGAAUUAGAAAUACUAAAAAGUAGACGAUGCUUGAAGAUAAGUGUAAUUCACAGCAAGAUAUUUUGUAUUCCAUAUAGUAAUCCCAAAAUCAUAUAAAGCCAAGUCUGCGGGUCUUUAGCUGAGCUGAAGUGUAGCAGUAAAUGUAAAAGAUCACCAGCAGCAAUAGCAAAUGCACAACAAAGUUGACUGAAUGCUCUCCUUAUACCUCAGUUCUAGCACAAACCCAAAUGACUUGGAUGUCCUGAUUGAAUUGUAAUCUAUUCGCUGCCUUCCUUGGACUCAUGUCUAUAUAAAAACGACAACGAAAUAUUGAAGUUGUUUAGUCAAGACAUUGCGUCCAUAAGAGAAAGCAAUUUAUGUGCCAAAGCCUUUCAUCGGCUCUCAGAGAAAAAAAGAGAGGGAGAGAGAGAGAGAGAGAGAGAGUAGAUGUGCGGGCUUCAGAGAACCGACCUUGCGUAAGCUGCAAGAAAUCUGGAUGCUUAUAAGAAUACUGGUUUAAUUAAAACAUUUUCAAGAGGGCUAUACUCAGAAAGGGAAUGCAGCAAAGUGUUACUAAGAGCCCCAGCAGUUUCGCCUAUGAUACAGAGAACCUGGAAUUGGUUCCUUGCCCACAAAAUGAGUUCGUCCCGAUCGCCAAUGGUAUUAACAUCGUUUGUGCUACCUCAAGAGGUGGGAAAUUGCAUUUUUUUUCUAAACUCAUACGUAUUCCACAGCGAAGAGGAAGAGCCCACUGUAUAACACAGAGUCGCUUCAGCGCAAUGAACGUCGUCACUUCCUCUGCCUGCAAUGCUGUGAUUUGCAGCACAUCUCGCCACCCGUACGUACCCAAACGUGGUCGAGCUUCCGUCUGUAUAUAUUAGUAUAACUCCGUCCGCCCAACCCUCGAGGGGAACACAAAGUGCUUAAAUUAAAUUCUACUCGGUCUCUUUCCCAAGGCUCGCGCUUGGAGUCACAACGCAAAUCUGUAAAUUACAAGUAAGCAGCAGAGUACCUAACGGCGCGCAGCUCGGCGCGCCAUAGACGUGUAUCGACAAGAUGUUCUGCAUAAAUUCUCUACGCACUUUAUGCGAAAACUAUGCAAAUGCGUGCGCACGAUGCACAAUGCUGAACAUUCAUUAUAAAGUGUCUUCAUCAAAAGCAGCCAUAUAUCAAUACAUACAAAGAAACUCUCAAAUGGUGUCCCCUGUUUGGCAUAAUGCGGCCCCGACUGCCACAAAUGUUGAUGAAGAUGUUAUUGUUGCCGCCACCACCGCUGCCGCCGCUACAGCUGCCUAUGGGAAACCAUACCCAUUUGGUACCGUCUCUAACGCCCAAAUCUACACUCGAAAGACAGGAUUUAAUCGCACCAUAGGCCUACAAGCAUCGGCUGGUCGAUGCUACAUAAAGUUAUGCGCUUAGUGCGUUCUUCAUAUUCUUUCAAUUGAGCGAGCAGGACAUCAGGCGGCAGUACUCGCAAUUCUUCGUUUCUGGAAGUCAAAUCAGUGCCUGCUCGAAAAUAUGGAGUGAACAGAACUUGUCUCUAAUCCAAGCAAACUUGGUCGAAAUGAAUCGAGAAGAGUUCACACGGUACAUGCCCCUCGAAAACACCAUUCUCUUUUGGAAAAUCGCUUGUGGAAGAGGUCUAAGAUGGUAUCGCAAUGCGCCUAUUCUGGCUUAGGUAUCUGUGAAGGGAGCCAUUGUGUUCACUUCAAAGGUAACCCCUACGUAUCUACAUAUCUAUAUUGGGAUUAAAAUUUGUUUCACUUUUACUUUGAUGUUACAGUAAUAGUCUUUAAGACUCAAGCCUCGGCACGACACUGCCAUAGACAACCCCGGUUGUCAGCCCACAAAAAGGCCCCCGAAUUAUUUUUUAACUUAAAUAAAAAUGUAAGAGCAAAUGCAAAUCUUUUUUCUUUAUUGGAACAGUUUAAAGUUGGAAAGAAUUUCCGUCGAGGAAAUGAAUGGCACUACUGAUUUAUUAUUUCUUGAAGUUGGCUGCUAUGACCAUGUGCUUUUUUUAUGAAAAUUAUUUAUGCGAGUAAUCAGCUGUUGGUCGGAAGCCAGAAAAAAUAGAAAGUAUUGGGUUUAAAGGACAGCUUAAAUAUAUCUGAAAUAUGGCGUAAGUAUGUAAUGCCUGAAUAUCGCCAAAAACAUGGUUCUUGUGCUCAUUGGGUUAUAAGGAAUAUUCUUAUUUGUACUCUCUACACACUAAAAAAGGAAAAAAGAAGAACGCUUUUUAAUGUCAUGCCAAAUUCUAAGGUGGCGGCAUGCAAUCGGGUCGCUUUGUGUUGCCAGCUAAUUAUAUGCUUUAAUAAAAAAUUAGAAAUAUAGAAAGACGAAUAAUAAAAUGCUUAAAAGUGGCAUGAAAAUCACUGAGGUAACAUCUUUUCGUUUUCGAACAUCAAACGUUCUAUGAAAUGACUGAGGUGUGAUUUUUAGUGGAACGGACUUUUAUGCUAUUCAAGCAUUAAAUUAGUGUUUAAUUAUAUGCGCAUGAAGAAGACAUAUAUACAUAUGUAUAUAAAGCGUGAAGGAGUACAGUGACGCCCGAAGUCGUAAGGCACUUAUGAUAUGGCAUCAUAACCUUUUAAUACCUCAGAAAUCCAGUUGUUUUUCCUGAUUGCACCUCACACCGCAGCUUUUGUUAAUACAUACUUAUGUUAUUUCAUUCAUUAAGCAGAGUUUAAUUAGAAUUGCUUUAAAUUUAAAUUAUACUUAUAACAUACAUGCACUUUCUUAAUUUUCAAUUCUUAAAAAAAAAAAUACUACACGCACCCUAGACAUUUUCAUAUCCAUCUUUUGUUUUAUUUUUAUUUUUUUAUUUUUUAUUUAUUUUUGUUGAAUUCCAUUUCCUAUUAAAUUCUUUCUCAAUUUAUAUAAGUAUGUAUUAAUUUUUUCCUCACUGUUUUCAUUUUAAUUUCGUAAAUUUUUUUUUGGCUU